UGAAAAUUUAAUGCUGUAGUCAUUACAAAUAGACGUGUUGUCGGUUUCAUAAAUUAAACGCAGUAUAUGGGAGCAACGGAUAUUACUAUCCUAAAACGUAAAACAAACAACAAUCGGUAUUAGACAAUUAACGAUUACGCGAGAUGACGUCAUCCUACACUAUAAUAGACCGAGUGGACAGGGCAAGAACUGCCGUCCAGGAACUGAUGAAAGAAGACUACGUGUCAGUUGACGCUGACGGGGUUAGCAUGUCGAAGACAGGACCUCUAACUGUACUACAAGUGGGCAAAAAGGACGGUCACGUCUUUCUCUUUGAUGUUCUGACAUGUCCUCAAAUAUUUAAAGAUGGUGGAUUACAGGACUUGUUAGAGGGCGUACAAGUUCUGAAGGUGAUGCACGCAUCGUCCAACGACAGCACUUCACUGAAAUGUCAGUUUGACAUCUUACUACAGAACGUCUUUGAUACGCAGGUUGCAGAUCGGUUGAUAGAAGAGAACCAAGGGAGACAACUCCCACCCAAAGCAAAGUUACUUGACGUUUGUGAGAAAUAUGGCGUCGAUGUAUCUUCAAUGAAGAAGAAAGGUGACAUUGAGAUAAAUGGACGAAAACCGAUGGGGAGUACUGGGAACACCGUCUGUUUACAGAAGAGAUGACAGACUACGCAACAACAGACGUCAGAGUCCUCAUUCCGGAGUUGUACGAAGAAAUGAAACGACGUAUUGAGCUGAAGGGUUUAACAUCACUCCUGAAAGAACGAACUGAAGAUGAUCUGAGAUACCGAUGGGACGAUAAGGUGCAUGACAUCCAGGAAGCCAGACGGAUUGAAGUCAGUACCGCGAUUCUACACCAGAUGGAAACCGAAUACAAACAACCUUUGGACCUAAGUGACAUGGAAAACGAAGACCACAAAGCGGUUAUUAAACGAAUGGGGAUGUCAGAAGCGAAAGAGUACAACCGGAUUAUCCAGGACAUGAAAAGUAAUCAGAUAAAGCACGACAUAGAAGCUCUAAAGGCGGAAGUGGCCGAAAAGGGCGUCUCGUAUGUCCCUAUAAAUGCAGAUUUGCGCAUCUUGAGAGACGGAACAGAACAUGUUGACAGUCGGGUCCACAAAAUCUGCGAAACAGUACUUGGGAAAAUUGACGCCAUUCUGCAAAAAGAUAUGGCAAUAAAGUACAACCUCCAAACGCCACCGAAGCAUAUAUCAGAACUGGAAAAACGAUUCCUGCGUAGAUUGAGACCAAAGGGAGAACACGACAGCACCUUUUCACCCGUCAUUCUCAGGCUGUUUUGGCUUUGUGCAGAAGAACGUUUGGACGAGCGAAUAAAGAAGUUUCACGAAAACCCGUCCGCUGUGGAGAUAAACAGCGGAGAGCACGGGAAGUACAAGUUUUACUUGAGCAGUCCUAAUGUCCCCAGGCGUCUAAAACAGAAAGCAACUAGCUUCCUUCAUGAAUUGGAACGAGCAGGUAAAGUUCAGAGGCCUCAACCCAGAAGACGCCAACGAUAUCAUAAUUCUGGUUAUGGCUAUUAUUAACCCUUCACAGACUGGAAUCCAGAGACGCCAAUGAUAUGAUUAUGUUUAUUAUUAACCCUUCACAGACCGCAACCCAGAGACGCCAAUGAUAUGAUUAUGGUUAAUAUUAACCCUUCACAGACCGCAACCCAGAGACGCUAUGAUUAUGGUUAUUAUUAACUCUUCACAGACCGCAACCCAGAGACGCCAAUGAUAUGAUUAUGGUUAAUAUUAACCCUUCACAGACCGCAACCCAGAGACGCUAUGAUUAUGGUUAUUAUUAACUCUUCACAGACCGGAACCCAGAGACGCCAAUGAUAUGAUUAUGGUUAUUAUUAACCCUUCACAGACCGCAACCCAGAGACGCCAAUGAUAUGAUUAUGGUUAUUAUUAACCCUUCACAGACCGCAACCCAGAGACGCCAAUGGUAUGAUUAUGGUUAUUAUUAACCCUUCACAGACCCUUCACAGACCGCAACCCAGAGACGUCAAUGAUAUGAUCAUAGUUAUGAUUAACCCUUCACAGAUCGCAACCCAGAGACGCCAAUGCUAUGAUUAUGGUUAUUAUUAACCCUUCACAGACCGCAACCCAGAGACGUCAAUGAUAUGAUUAUGGUUAUUAUUAACCCUUCACAGACCGCAACCCAGAGACGCCAAUGGUAUGAUUAUGGUUAUUAUUAACCCUUCACAGACUGGAACCCAGAGACGUCAAUGAUAUGAUCAUAGUUAUGAUUAACCCUUCACAGAUCGCAACCCAGAGACGCCAAUGAUAUGAUUAUGGUUAUUAUUAACCCUUCACAGACCGCAACCCAGAGACGCCAAUGAUAUGAUUAUGGUUAUUAUUAACCCUUCACAGACCGCAACCCAGAGACGCCAAUGAUAUGAUUAUGGUUAUUAUUAACCCUUCACAGACCGCAACCCAGAGACGCCAAUGAUAUGAUUAUGUUUAUUAUUAACCCUUCACAGACCGCAACCCAGAGACGCCAAUGAUAUGAUUAUGGUUAUUAUUAACCCUUCACAGACCGCAACCCAGAGACGCCAAUGAUAUGAUUAUGGUUAUUAUUAACCCUUCACAGACCGCAACCCAGAGACGUCAAUGGUAUGAUUAUGGUUAUUAUUAACCCUUCACAGACUGGAACCCAGAGACGUCAAUGAUAUGAUCAUAGUUAUGAUUAACCCUUCACAGAUCGCAACCCAGAGACGCCAAUGCUAUGAUUAUGGUUAUUGUUAACCCUUCACAGACCGCAACCCAGAGACGUCAAUGAUAUGAUUAUGGUUAUUAUUGACCCUUCACAGACCGGAACCCAGAGACAACAAUGGUAUGAUUAUGAUUAACCCUUCACAGACCGGAACCCAGAGACGCCAAUGAUAUUAUUAUGGUUAUUAUUAACCCUUCACAGACUGGAACCCAGAGACGCCAAUGAUAUUAUUAUGGUUAUUAUUAACCCUUCACAGACCGGAACCCAGAGACGCCAAUGAUAUUAUUAUGGUUAUUAUUAACCCUUCACAGACUGGAACCCAGAGACGCCAAUGAUAUGAUUAUGGUUAUGAUUAACCCUUCACAGACCGGAACCCAGAGACGCCAAUGAUAUUAUUAUGGUUAUUAUUAACCCUUCACAGACCGCAACCCAGAGACGCGAACUAUAUCAUAAUCAUGAUUAUGGUUAUUAUUAACCCUUUUUUAUCGUUUGCUAAUAGACUUUAUUCAUGAAAGUGAUUUAUAUUGUAUAUUAUAUUCAACUUUGUUUUAAUGCAAUUAAAUAUACUCAACAAAUU